AUGGUGGACAGCGAAGCUUCCGAUAACCCAAAGGGGGGCGGUUACACAUACACUGUGGCCUGGUCAGCGAUCAAGAAUGCCGCCGGAGUAUGCAAUUGGUGCAGACUACUACCGAAGCGACAAGUUGAGGGUGCGGCACAGGUAACCGUCAGAUAUUACAAAGACAAUGGAUACACACCAGUAGGAGACAAGCUUCUCACGGUCGUUGUGAAAGACUUGAAAGACGGCAGCACGUUCAUGACUGAUGAACUGCUUUUAUAUACAACGAGAGAUGAUGAGGCCGCAAGCAUGAUCAAGGCUCGGGACCGUGUCACGCAUCUUUGGACAGAGGAAGCGUUUAGCAUGGCAAAGGCAUGUAUCGACAAUUGUGUCCGAGAACACCGAGCCAGCUGCCCUCCUCUCCAGAACAUGUCCAUCUUGCCCGAUAGGGUCAUUGACUGCGCCGAUACCAGCAACCCCAAAAUUGUUCUUACUGACGGGCAAACCUACGGACCAUAUAUUACAUUGAGCUACGUUUGGGGCGGGCCGCAGCCCAUGUUGACGACAAAUAAUGUCGGCAAGUACACAACGGAUGGCUUCAAAAUAACGGAAUUCCCUCAGUCAAUCCAAGAUGCUGUCACUGCUACCAACAAGAUCGGUCAGCGCUACCUGUGGAUUGAUGCGCUAUGUAUCCUUCAAGACUCGCCCGACGACAAGACUGUCCAACUCGGAAAGAUGCACGCCAUCUACAAGAACUCGUACAUCACCAUCAACGCUGCUAGCGCAAGUAGUACGCAUGAGGGAUUCCUACAUCAACCGCGGCCUCAAAGGGAACCUCGUACUGUACUCCCGUUCCCCUGCGCGAAUGGCAAGACCGGCACCAUGUAUGUCGCAUAUGACAUCCUCUCUAGGAAAAAGGAUGGGCCGGAGCAGACAUACUGGGACGAACUUGAACCCAUCACCAAUAGGGGCUGGUGUUACCAGGAAAAGAUACUCCCCGCAAGAAGUCUAGUGUUUGCAUCCGACACGCUCAAGUACUAUUGCCAGACGGAAACGGUAAACAUCGGCGGAGCGUUAUGCGAGGAGAGCACGGGGAUGCGUCUGCCGCGCGGAGCAUAUCUCUCUGACUCGGCAGAUCAUCAGCUUGAUGCGGUUCAGCUCCGUCAGUCCUGGCUCGCGGCUCUGUUUCAGUACACUAUGCGCAGUGUCACGGUCCCCUCUGACAGACUGCCGGCCUUUGCUGCCGUCGCAGAGCUUUUCAGCAUCCUGAAUCAGGAUCAGUACCUUGCCGGCCUGUGGCGAAAGACGCUACUACUUGACUUGCUCUGGAAAGCCGAUGACAAGUGUGACAGACCAAAGACUUACAGAGCGCCAUCUUGGUCAUGGGCGUCGGUGGAUGGACUAUGA